CAAAUCGCUCCUCCUCCGCUCCUCCCCCUCCCCUCCUGCUGCUUCUCCCCCAAAUCGAAGAGCCGCUCCUCCUCGCCGCUAGGGUUUCCUUCCCACGCCGCGUCCUGCCUCGGCUCUACUCUGCAUCAUUCUGCCGCCGCCCCGUCUCAAUUGGCUUCGCCCCUGCUGUCCCCGACCCGAGGGAGAGUGGCAGCGCCCCCACCCCCACCCGUUUUCUCGAUCGUCGUCGGGGCCUGCCGGAUCGAUCGAUUGGUUGGAUCACCGGAGGGCGGCGAGAGUCGGGGCGGGCGGGCUCGUCGUCGUGCGGGUUCCCUUGGUCCUCGGCGUAGGCUUGUUUUGGUGAUCAAUCACACUGAAUUCCAAGUGAAGUUGCCAAAGUUAGCGUAUCUGCUGUUAUUGCUUCCAUGGCAACCAACGAGAACCUCCCACCAAACGUCAUCAGGCAAUUGGCUAAGGAACUGAAGAAUCUUGAUGAGUCACCUCCAGAAGGGAUUAAAGUCAUUGUUAACGAUGAUGACUUUACCACCAUUUUUGCUGAUAUUGAAGGCCCUGCUGGAACUCCAUAUGAGAACGGAGUAUUUCGCAUGAAGCUGUUGUUAUCUCGCUACUUCCCUCAGUCACCUCCAAAAGGAUUCUUCUUGACGAAAAUUUUCCAUCCGAACAUAGCAACUAGUGGUGAGAUAUGUGUAAACACACUGAAGAAGGAUUGGAAUCCUAGUCUCGGAUUAAGACAUGUUCUGCUGGUAGUGAGAUGCCUUCUUAUAGAGCCAUUCCCCGAAUCUGCCCUUAAUGAGCAAGCUGGGAAAUUACUGCUUGAGAACUAUGAGGAGUAUGCACGGCAUGCAAGGCUAUACACUGGCAUCCAUGCACUUAAACCCAAGAAUAAGACCAAGAGUGGAACUAUUUCUGAAUCAACCACAGCUCUUAAUGUGGAUCAGUCUAACAUUGCUGUUAGCAAGAACACGCCAUUGGGGCCAGCAGCAUUAGCUACCUCCACUGCAAAUAAAGCACUUGGCACUAAUUUGCAGGAUCAGAAUGCUGCUCCUUCUGAUCCUGCGUUGGGAGCUUCAGCAGUACCCAAGAAGGAUGGGCUACAUGCUGUGAAAGUUCCAGUUGAGAAGAAGAAGAUUGAUGCGAGGAAGAAGAGCUUGAAGAGACUAUAAGCAAAACAGCCUUGGAAGAACCGAAGCUGUUAGUUGUAGCUAAAAACUAGAUUUCUUGAUAAGUUCCAUGUUCAACAGAUGCAUAGUGAAAAAUUGAUAAUAACGUGGGGCAUCUGAUGCAAUAUGAAAUGGUGUUUGGAGAAAGAUGCAUCUGUUGGGGUUAAACAGAUAAAAUGGUGUACCAUACUGUCUGUGCAAUGACAAUUGUUGGAAGAAUACCUGUCUUUCCUGUCG